GGUCAGCUCCGGGGAGGAGUUUUGAGGGUGUGCAGGGUGCGCCCUCUACCCCGGGGUAUCCGUAGUAACGCGUCAGUCGCUAAUCUCGGGACCACUCUCCUAUGGGUGCUCCCGGCGGACUCUAAAUGUCUCGGGGUCUCCAGGGAGUGUAGAGCGCUGGUUCUGGGGGGCGCAGGGACAAAAAUCAGCCGGCGAGUUUUUUUCAAAACACGUGAAUCUGCCUUGCCACCCACUCCACUCUCGCGGGCAGGUCAGCGCUCCGGAGACGGCAGCCACGUGUGUUUGGGAAAAAACUCUCCUGGUGCUUCUGAUAAAUUCCCCCUACUCAACGAUUGAGAACCACUGGUAUGGAGGUCCUGUAACUUGUCAACGCGCGACCUCAGAUCCAUCUCUUCCGGAUGCCUUCCUCUCUGCAGUCAGGCUGACUUGCUUAAGGCUCCCACCGCACACCUCUUGCACCUCUGCUUAGCGCUUCUUUCUUUCUUUCGUGUAAUGGUUUGCACAGCUACCUCCCCCAGUGGGCUGUGACUUCUUUUUGGGUAGUGGCUCUGUCUCAUUCGUCCGUCCCCCCUUCUCCUUCAAAUGCCAGGCAGGGAAAAGUGCCCUUCAUAACAAGUUGACUUGAAUUGGGGGUGGUGAUAGGAAGGUGGUCAAUCAAUCUGGGGUGGAAAAUGUGCCAGAAUUAGUUUGAGGUUGGGCUGGGUGUAUGGGGAAGGUGUAUGGGAGGGGUGCUAAUAUGAGUAUGGUGGAAUAGAGUGAGGUUGGGGAAAGACCAGGCGAAACUCCACAUUACCUAUCUUGACAGAUGUCUCAGAGAGAUCAUGGGAAUUUCUUAGCCCCUCUGCAAUGCGGGAUUCCAUUUUAGGCACUAGGAUGCCACUUCUAGAAGGGGUGAGUCUUGUUUCAGCUCUGUCUCCUGCUCAGGGAUAAAACUGCAAGUCGUGAGUUACUAUGAAAAUUCUCCUCCCAGGAAGGAGGCACAGCAGAAAAUCAGCCACGACUAAACUGUGUGGACAAUCCCAUGAUUGCCUCCACAUUCCUCCAGUGGAAAUCUGGGAAGCACUCUGCUCUUCUCUCUGUUUCAUGGAUACUGGCCCCUACAUCAGCCCUUGGGCUUAAGCCCUGGGGGCCCGGACACCUGGGUGGCUGAGUCAGCACCUCAGGAAUAGGCUUCAGUAGGAAACCUGGUGAUUCAGGGCCUCAAGAAUGGCGUUGGACAAGCCAACAAACCAGCUGCCUGGGCCGCCUCCUUCUCUUCUUCCUACUUGUGGAGACAGCAACAAGGAACUCAACUCAGCUCAUCCCUGGGUACCCAAGUUCUCCUUCCACAUUCUGGACCCCCCACCCCUCUGCUGGGUCAGCCCUGAUGCUUCUCAGAGAGCCCCAGAAACUGGAUCAGGACUCGGGGCAGAAGGUUUCAGGGUUCAAGGGGACAGAGAAGUAAACUUAGUGGAACUUCCAAGGAACCCUACUUUUCUACCGCAUGGAGGCGGGGCCCCCGAGAGGUUGGGCCACAGGUUGCCCUAGAAGGGGUGUGAGUGGUCUGGUCGGACAGGUGACUGUGAGCUGGGACGCCUGAGGCCUGCCCCAACUGAGUCACCGUGCUGUUGUUGUCACCAUCCUUGUUGAAGUCCCUGCUCAGCAACCCAGACCUCCGUGGAAACAACAGCAGCUCCCAUCCUUCCAAGCUUUCAGAAGAAGGCGCCGGCCUGAUGGAUCCUCCUGGGCUGCGGAUAGGCCCUCUGAUCCCAGAGCAGGAUUAUGAGCGGCUGGAGGACUGUGACCCUGAGGGGUCCCAACAUUCACCCCUCCAUGGGGAGGAGCAGCAGCCCCUGCUUCAUGUGCCUGAAGGGCUCCGAGGCUCCUGGCACCACAUCCAGAACCUGGACAGCUUCUUCACCAAGAUCUACAGCUACCACCAGAGGAAUGGCUUUGCCUGCAUCCUGCUGGAGGAUGUCUUCCAGCUGGGACAAUUUGUUUUCAUUGUCACCUUCACCACCUUCCUCCUUCGCUGUGUGGAUUACAAUAUUCUCUUUGCCAACCAACCAAAUAACCGGACAAGACCUGGGCUGCUCCACAGCAAAGUAACCUUGUCGGAUGCCAUCCUACCCUCAGCUCAGUGUGCCCAGCGGAUCCGCUCCAGUCCCCUGCUGGUCUUCCUUCUGAUCCUGGCUGCUGCCUUCUGGCUGUUCCAGCUGCUUCGCUCAGUCUGCAACCUCUUCAGCUACUGGGACAUCCAGGUGUUUUACAGGGAGGCCCUACACAUCCCACCGGAGGAGCUCAGCUCGGUGCCCUGGGCGGAGGUGCAGUCCCGCCUCCUGGCGCUGCAGAGGAGCGGGGGGCUGUGCGUGCAGCCGCGGCCGCUGACCGAGCUGGACGUCCACCACCGCAUCCUGCGCUACACCAACUACCAGGUGGCGCUGGCCAACAAGGGCCUGCUGCCGGCCCGCUGCGCGCUGCCCUGGGGAGGCAGUGCGGCCUUCCUCAGCCGCGGCCUGGCGUUCAACGUCGACCUGCUCCUCUUCCGCGGGCCCUUCUCCCUCUUCCGCGGGGGCUGGGAGCUGCCCGAUGCCUACAAGCGCAGCGACCAGCGGGGCGCCCUGGCGGCGCGCUGGCGGCGCACGGUGCUGCUACUGGCCGCCGUGAACCUCGCGCUGAGCCCGCUGGUGCUGGCCUGGCAGGUGCUGCACGCCUUCUACAGCCACGUGGAGCUGCUGCGGCGCGAGCCGGGCGCGCUGGGGGCGCGCCGCUGGUCCCGCCUGGCCCGCCUGCAGCUGCGCCACUUCAACGAGCUGCCGCACGAGCUGUGCGCGCGCUUGGCCCGCGCCUACCGCCCCGCCGCCGCCUUCCUGCGCGCCGCCGCACCCCCGGCGCCCCUGCUCGCUCUGCUGGCCCGCCAGCUCGUCUUCUUCGCCGGCGCGCUCUUCGCUGCUCUCCUCGUGCUCACCGUCUACGACGAGGACGUCCUCGCCGUGGAGCAUGUGCUCACCGCUAUGACCGUGCUCGGGGUCACCGCUACCGUGGCCAGGUCUUUCAUUCCAGAAGAGCAGUGCCAGGGUCGUUCCCCACAGCUCCUGCUGCAGGCGGCUUUGGCCCACAUGCAUUACCUUCCAGAGGAGCCCGGCCCUGCCGGCAGGGUCAGCGCUUACCGGCAGAUGGCGCGGCUGUUGCAAUACCGAGCGGUCUCCCUCCUGGAGGAGCUCCUGUCCCCUCUCCUCACCCCCAUGUUUCUGCUCUUCUGGUUUCGCCCACGUGCCCUGGAGAUUGUUGACUUUUUUCAUCACUUCACUGUGGAUGUGGCUGGGGUUGGUGACAUCUGUUCCUUUGCCCUUAUGGAUGUGAAACGUCAUGGCCACCCUCAGUGGCUCUCGGCCGGACAGACAGAGGCCUCGCUGUCUCAGCGUGCAGAGGAUGGAAAGACUGAGCUGUCCUUGAUGAGGUUCUCCCUGGUACAUCCGCAAUGGCGCCCCCCAGGGCACAGCUCCAAGUUCCUGGGGCACCUUCGAGGCCGGGUACAACAAGAUGCAGCCUCCUGGGGUGCCACCUCGGUUCGCAGCCCCCCCACCCCUGGGGUGCUCAGCGACUCCUCCUCACCUCUGCCGGAGGCCUUCCUAGCCAACCUCUUGGUGCACCCCCUCUUGCCUCCGCGGGACCUGAGCCCCACAGCCCCCUGCCCAGCUGCAGCCACAGCCAGCCUCCUGGCCUCCAUUUCCCGCAUUGCUCAGGACCCAAGCUGUGUGUCCCCAGGAGGCACUGGGGGCCAGAAGCUGGCCCAGCUCCCAGAGCUUGCUUCUGCUGAGAUGAGUCUCCAUGCUAUCUACCUGCACCAGCUCCAUCAGCAGCAGCAGCAGGAACUGUGGGGUGAGGCUUCAGCCUCCACCCUGUCCAGGCCCUGGUCCAGCCCCCUGCAGACACUCUCGCCUGAUGAGGAGAAGCCAUCCUGGUCAAGUGAUGGCUCCAGUCCUGCCUCCAGCCCCAAACAGCGGUGGAGAACCCAGAGGACCCAGAAUCUGUUCCCUGGAGGGUUUCAGGAGACCACAGACACCCAGAAGGAGCCUGGCCAGGCCCCUAGCACUGACUGAGGGGGCUCCUCUGGGUUCCCUGGCUUCUCCAGCCACAGGAGAUCAGACGAGGGGGAGUGGAAGGACACGCCAAGCCCUCUUUAGAGGCCCCCCAUGGACUAUGGGCCCAAGGAUGCUUUAGUUGGGCAGGACUUGGAGGUUAAUGAUGAACUAGCC